CUCUACGCCCGCCCCAGAGCCCCGCUAGGAUCCCUGGGAACGCCGUUUCUGGAGACACGUGAUCUCUUGCCGCGCGGCCCUGGGACCGGCUGGUCGCCUUUCUAGUAAAGGGCCUAAGACCCAGACGGGUAAAGUGACGUGGCCAAACACACACAGCUGGAGACGGAGCCUCUGAUCCGACGGCCGAGUACGGUUCCCAUCCGAUCUCGAAUAUAGUAUAACCAUGGCUCGUGGUCCCAAGAAGCAUCUAAAGCGUGUAGCAGCUCCAAAGCACUGGAUGCUGGAUAAGUUGACAGGAGUUUUUGCUCCAAGACCAUCCACUGGUCCCCACAAGCUGAGAGAGUGUCUGCCACUCAUCAUCUUCCUGAGGAACAGACUCAAGUAUGCCCUGACUGGAGAUGAAGUAAAGAAGAUCUGCAUGCAGCGCUUCAUCAAGAUUGAUGGCAAGGUCCGCACCGAUAUUACAUACCCUGCUGGCUUCAUGGAUGUCAUUAGCAUUGAGAAGACGGGUGAACAUUUCCGUCUGGUUUAUGAUACGAAGGGACGCUUUGCUGUUCACCGUAUCACUGCUGAGGAGGCUAAAUAUAAAUUGUGCAAAGUGAGAAAAAUCUUUGUGGGUACAAAAGGCAUUCCUCAUCUGGUAACCCAUGAUGCCCGUACUAUCCGUUAUCCAGAUCCUCUCAUUAAAGUGAAUGAUACAGUUCAGAUUGAUUUAGAAGCAGGCAAGAUCACUGAUUUCAUUAAGUUUGAUACUGGUAACCUAUGUAUGGUGACCGGUGGGGCUAACUUGGGCCGAAUCGGUGUGAUCACAAAUAGGGAGAAGCAUCCUGGCUCUUUUGAUGUUGUCCAUGUAAAAGAUGCCAAUGGCAAUAGUUUUGCCACUAGGCUCUCAAACAUUUUUGUUAUUGGCAAAGGUAAUAAGCCUUGGAUCUCUCUUCCCCGAGGAAAGGGUAUCCGCCUUACAAUUGCUGAAGAGAGAGACAAGAGAUUGGCAGCUAAGCAGAGCAGUGGCUAAAUGAUUGCAGAUAAGAAUAUGUAGGGUUUCAUUCAAAUUGAGAUGUUACAAUACUAGUUGUAACCAAAAAUGUGAUUACCCUAUAAAAAUAUACCAAAUAAGAAAUAAGUUGCUUAAAUUACUCGGUCUUAUAAAGUGAAAUUGAGUAAGCCAUAAAUGCCUUUCUCUACUCUUCCUUGGAUGAGGAUGACUAUAAAUGUUGCAUAAAAUGUUAGAACAUGUACUAUGACUAUAAAUGUUAGAACAUGUAGCUGUGUUGGUUUUACUUAACUGCUUUUCUUACAUGGGAAGACUCGCUGGAGGAUUGGGAGAGGACAUCUCAAAAUGGCUGAUGUAAAAUCGAAAAUCAAUAAAACUUAAAAAAAAUA